UGGCUAAGGUACUUGGUUCCUUAGCAGCCGACACUUAAUUUUCUUCAAUGAUCCUCUGUCUCUUUUUUUAUUAUUGUCUUCAUCGCUGUUAAGUGAAAAGUCAUUUUGGCAUAUUCUCAGCCCAGUGUGUGAAGUCACAAAAGCCAGACAUGUCACUUACACCACUCUCUUCCUAUUUUUUCUGGCAGCUCACCAGGGUGCUCUGCUAAAUCCCCCCUCCUUUCCCGACCCUGUCUAAAUCUACUUCCUGGUGGCAGGUGCCAUGGUGAGGGCUAUCUGCAAGCCACCCCUAAGGCAGAGACUUCCUUUUGAAUAGCGCUAAAGCUGUCUCAGAUUAGCAGUUCCUGACCGCAACUAGAGAACACUUCAAACACUGGGUCACGCACACAGAUGGGCCAGAAAGAGGUCAAGGGAAGUAUGCCUGGCAAUCUCUUAAUAAAAUAAGAGACCACUUAAAGCAGCCCAGUAAUGGUAUGACAGUGUCUUCCACUUACCAGCCGAAGUACAAGGGCACACGCUAAUAAAGUAAAGACUCAGAACUUUCCCAAGAUCCCUAUGCAUAUUGUAUCCUUGUGCUGUGGUUAACAUCUGAAGUCAGGUUUAUUAAAUUCUCCUAGUUACAGAUGUUGUCGCUAUGCAUGUCCGUCUGUUCACUGAUUAUGUCUGUAGUGGUAUCUGUCUUACCUAUCCUAGAGAAACAUUCAAUCUAAACAUACUUGUGUUCUGGGCCAGCACCGAGAGAGCAAUGGUAUGUUAUAUUUACCAUUUCCGGAAAAUUAUGGUCUGUUCACAGCAACUCAGUACUUUUGCCUAGGCAAUAUGUUAAAAAGGACCAAUACAUCGUUAACUGAUAGUGAUCUCACUAAGACAACUUGAAGGAUAUAUUUUACCAGGAAUUUUAUUUGUUUUCUAUAAGAACUCAUCAGUGCAACUUCCAUUUCUUGGCAGAAAUAGAUUGCGAUUUUUAAAAGUAAUUAAUGGAUAAUAAUUUUGAUAUUGAGUGUGCUGCUCCCCCCAACCCCCUGAGUUUCUUGAGACAGUCUUUAUUUUGUAGUUUUGGCUGUCCUAGAACUUGCUUUACAGAACAGGCUGGCCUUGAACUCAUGGAGAAAUCAGCUGCACCACUUCCUCCAGAGAGCUAGGAUUACAAGCAUAUGUCAUCGUGUCCAGCCACAUUAAACUUGCAUCAAGAGCUGAUAUGAUGAUUUGAAAUUAAUUUACAGAUCUAUAAGUAUAUCCUUCUCCUUGCAUGUUUGUUAUUUUGUUAGAUCAUUGCACCUUUGAUAAUAAUCUCAUUAGAAGGCACUUUGGUAGCAAUUGGGAUAGAAAUAUUACAGAACAUUCCUAUAGAACCACUACUCAGCAGUCAAAUCUAGGCGUGGUCUGAGAUACUGUGAAGCAGUACUGACUUCAAUCACAUUUGGAUUGGAUUUGUAAGGAAGUAAGGUAUGUUUGGGGAUAUGCAAAUUAAGUUUACUUUCAAAAUUAUCGUGAAGAUGAAGAAUUACAGCAAACAGAAACACAAGCGUGUGUAUGUGUGUGCCUCUGCACAGGUGAAAAUUCAGAAGUCGGAGAUGAAAAGAGUUGUCCUUGAGCCGAGGUAGAAUCAUGGUUUUUAAUGAAAACAGUAUAAGAAGAUCUUGCCUUCAAGAUGAAAGGAAUAUUUUUAAACCAGAGUGUAUCCUGUGAGUAAAGGCAAAAUGUCUGUGGAGUGUGCUAGGAACCCUGGGAGCUUUGAUCAAAUGCCAGCUGUUACAUCAGUUCUCUUGGUAAUCUUUCUUGCUGAUCCGUGACCUUGACCUUGGGCUUCUGUCUGUAUGUCAAAUCUAUUUUAAGCAUGGAGAAACUGUAGUUGAGUUCAGUAGAAAUUAUGCCCCAUUCUCAAAAGAUGCCCCUCUGCACACAUGUUACAGAUAGACAGCUCCAUGAGAAAAGGCUUUGUUUAGCCUGGUACUCACCAUCCUGACAGAGAUUGGGAAAUAGACUUUGAAAGCUAAAAGAAUGGUCUCGAGUCACUCUGAAGAAAUGCGAAAGAAAACCUAAACGCUAUAUCCCCUAUGUUAUUUAUGGAUUUAGACUUAAAAAAAAAAGAAAUGUUCUACCAGAGUAACUUUGUUAGUGAUUGUUUUCUGAAUUUUCAGUCUUCUGAAGAUAGUUCAGACAUUGAUAGGUGUUUCACUAAAGCAUUCGAUGUCGAAAUAUCUAUCUUAACUAUAGGAUCAAGAUUCCAUAAAUGUUUUCAUAUUUUACAUUUUAUAAUUCUCCCAGAGAUACUGUUUUUUCUACUGCAUACUUAAGAACCCAUAAAAUUUCUUUCAUAAGAAAGAUCUAAAAGAUAUUUUUAUGCUUAUAAGUAAUUUUAAGUCAAUAAACGGGAGGUUUGCUUUACAAGUUUAAUGUUGUUGAAUAACAGAUAUUGUAUUAAAUUAAUAGAAUUACAUUAAAUUUCUGUGACUUGACUUAGUCCCUGGAGCACAAUCAUGGUUCUUUAGACCCUGUUUUGGUCUUGACUUAUUAAAAGAAUACUUAGUAAUUGAUAAUAAGGAUUGCUUUGCAUAGAAGUCAGUUUUAAAGUUACGGUGAUCUACCUGUUUGUGUGUACGUGGUACUGAAGAACAAACCCAGGGUCUAGGGCCUGUGCAUCCUACAUCGGAAGCAAGCAUUUGACACUGAACUGUAUGUCAUCCAGAAUGUGUUUCUAGAGUAUAGUUAUAUAUAUAUAUAUAUAUAUAUAUAUAUAUAUAUAUAUGUUAUAUAUAAUUUAUCAUAUAUUUAUUCAGUAUGUAUAUAGUAUAUUCUAUGCUGUUUUUAUUACGUGUUCUUUUAAGCAUUUUUCCCUUUUGUUGUUGGAGGAGUAGUGUUGGAGUUUUGAUGAUAUGUUGAAAUGCUAGAACCAAGCAACUUAAGAACAGACAACUCUAGGCUUAUAUGCUCAAUAUUGUUCAUUGGGUGGAGAGCCGCUCACAUCCUGGUGGGGGCGAGGCCAAGCCUGCUGUGCCUUCCCGCUUCUCCACUCUCCUCCUGUGGGCUCCUAGACCUUGGGAUGAUGCUCUCUGCAUCCAGGGUGGGUCUCAGUUAAUCCAGGUUCUCCCAGGGAUGGGCUUUACUGAGCUAGGUGCUUCUGAAGCUCAGCAGGAUGAUAAGAUUAAGGAUCUUCUCAAGUCACUGCGCUUAAGACAAAAGGAAAGUAAUGGAGUUUCUAACAAGAUGAGGUAGUCAGGAAGUGUCUUCAAUCCUCGAAGCCAUCUGCAGACCAGUUGUGUAACCCAUAAUGCUGCGUCAUCUCUCAGGACAUUAAAAAAACAAAAAAAACCAAAAACCGGAAGAUCCUACUUGUAGAGUCAUACUUAAAAGUUUUUACUAAGCAUGAUGAAUUCAACAUAUUUUCUUUUAUUUUCCAUCCAGAAUGUGUUACUCUGAAAACUUUCAACAGCUAAUUAUGCCGAAUAGAGGGCAGGGACCUUCCUUGUCUUAGUAAUUGAUACUGUUCUGUGCGUUUGGCGAAGAGCAGAAGAUGAAGAAAGAAAAGGAGUGUGUUCCCUAAGACCUGGGUGCCAUGCCAGCGCUGCGCUAAGGAAGUUGCGAGACUGGUCCUUGCGUAGCCGGUAAUCAGGGCUGUAGUCUGCAUUGGAGUUUGCCUGCCUCUUAGACGUCACUGCCAGAAGAUACCCUGGUCAGGAUGUAACAGUGCUUGUCUGCCUGACUGCCAUGGGAGGUGAUUGACUGACGCUCGCUUCCUGAAGGCGGAUCUUACCGACAAGAAAAGCAUCUUUAAAGUGAACAGAAGCCGAGCCCCUGUAAGCACUUGUAUUGAACAUGACUCAUGGAGAAGAGCUUGGCUCUGAUGUGCAUCCGGAUUCUAUUGUUUUAACUUACCUAGAAGGAUUACUAAUGCAUCAGGCAGCAGGGGGAUCAGGUACUGCCGUCGACAAAAAGUCUGCUGGCCACAGCGAAGAAGACCAGAACUUUAACCUCUCUGGCAGUGCCUUUCCCACCUGUCAAAGCAAUGGUCCCACUCUCAGUACACAGACAUACCAGGGAUCUGGCAUGCUGCACCUCAAAAAAGCCAGACUGCUGCAGUCUUCUGAGGACUGGAACGCGGCUCAGCGGAAGAGGCUGUCCGAUUCCAUCGUGAAUUUAAACGUAAAGAAGGAGGCUUUGCUGGUUGGCAUGGUUGACAGUGUGCCUAAAGGCAAACAGGAUAGCACAGUACUGGCCUCUUUGCUCCAGUCAUUCAGCUCCAGGCUGCAGACUGUUGCUCUGUCACAGCAGAUUAGACAGAGCCUCAAGGAGCAAGGAUAUGCCCUCAGCCACGAGUCGUUGAAAGUGGAGAAGGAUUUAAGGUGCUACGGCGUGGCCUCAAGUCACUUAAAAACUCUGCUGAAGAAAAGUAAAACUAAGGAUCAGAAGUCAGGUACCACCCUCCCUGAUGUGACUCCGAACCUUAUCAGAGAUAGCUUUGUUGAGUCAUCACCUCAUCAUGUCGGACAAAGUGGAACAAAGGUCAUGAGUGAGCCCUUGUCAUGUGCUGCAAGAUUACAGGCUGUUGCCAGCAUGGUGGAGAAAAGGGCUAGUCCCGCCGCCUCCCCCAAGCCCAGUGUUGCCUGCAGCCAGCUAGCGCUGCUCCUUUCCAGUGAGGCCCACCUGCAGCAGUACUCUCGGGAACACGCUCUCAAAACACAGAGUGCACAUCAGGCAGCAAGUGAAAGGCUCGCCGCCAUGGCCAGAUUGCAGGAGAACGGUCAGAAGGACAUGAGCAGUUUCCAGCUCUCUAAGGGGGUGUCUGGCCAUCUCGACGGGCAGGCCAGAACACUGCCACAGUCAAGCAAACUGGCGGCUAGCAAGAAUAACGCAGCAGUCUUUCAGAAUCCAAUGUGCGGUGUUCCUUCCUCUCCCAAAAACACAAGCUAUAAGAACUCUCUGGAAAGAAACAACAUAAAGCAAGCCGCUAAUAACAGUUUGCUUUUACAUCUUCUCAAAAGCCAGACCAUCCCCACGCCGAUGAACGGGCACAGCCAGCACGAGAGAGGAAGUAGUUUUGAGAGUAGCACACCCACCACGAUCGAUGAGUACUCUGAUAACAAUCCUAGCUUCACAGAUGACAGCAGUGGGGAUGAAAGCUCAUACUCCAAUUGCGUUCCCAUAGACCUGUCCUGCAAACACCGGACCGAGAAACCGGAAACCGAGCGUCCCGUUUCUCUUGAGAACCUAACCCAGUCCUUGUUAAACACGUGGGAUCCCAAAGUGCCCGGUGUUGACAUCAAAGAAGAUCAAGAUACCUCAACAAAUUCCAAGCUGAAUUCACACCAGAAAGUCACUCUUCUUCAAUUGCUGCUUGGCCAUAAAACUGAGGAAAGUGUUGAAAGGAAUGCCAGCCCUCAGGAAGUCCACAGCGAUGUGACUAAGUUCAGUCCUCAGAAUUACACAAGGACUUCAGUCAUUGAGAGCCCCAGCACCAACAGGACUACCCCAGUGAGCACUCCACCGCUGCACACGUCCAGUCAAGGAGAAUCUCCCAUCAAUCUUUCUCAACACUCUCUGGUCAUCAAGUGGAAUUCCCCGCCAUAUGCCUGCAGUACUCCCGCUUCAAAACUAACAAAUACCGUGACUGGCCACCUGAUGGACCUCACAAAAGGCAAAGAAUCACAAGCAGAGAAACCAGCCCCGAGUGAAGGUGCACAAAAUUCGGCGACGUUCAGCGCCAGCAAACUGUUACAGAAUUUGGCUCAGUGCGGAAUGCAGUCUUCCGUGCCAGGGGAAGAGCAGAGACCCAGCAAACAGCUGUUAAGUGGACACACAGACAAACCUCUCGGUCUGAUCGAUAGGUUAAAUAGCCCUCUGCUCUCAAAUAAAGCAAAUGCAGCUGAAGAAAACAAAGCCUUCAGCAGUCAGCCUGCAGGGCCUGAACCAGGACUUCCUGGUUGUGAGAUAGAAAACCUACUGGAAAGACGCACUGUCCUUCAGUUGCUCCUGGGAAAUUCCAACAAAGGGAAGAGUGAGAAGAAAGAGAGAGCUCCCGCACUGGACGAGGCUCGUCAGGAGCAUUCGGAGAGACCCGGAAAUGAACAGAUACUGAUGGUGAAAAUUAAAUCUGAGCCCUGUGAUGACUUCCAGACCCACAACACAAACGUGCAUUUAAACCACGAUGCCAAGAGCACCCCGUUCUUAGGCGGGACUCCCACCAUCCAGAGGAGCUCGGCGGCCUUACCAGUGUCAGAGGACUUGAAAUCAGAGCCUGCUUCACCUCAGGAUUUUUCUUUCUCAAAGAACGGUCUGUUAAGUCGACUGCUGAGACAGAAUCAAGAGAGUUACCCAGCAGAUGAUCAGGACAAGAGUCACAGAAACAGUGAGCUGACACCCCUGGAAUCCAAGAACUUUUGCAUGGUCCCUAAAAAAAGGAAGCUUUAUACGGAACCACUAGAAAACCCAUUUAAAAAGAUGAAAAAUAGUGCCGUAGAUAAUGCCAAUAAUCAUGGUGGCCCCGAAGUACUCUAUGGGUCGCUGCUUAAUCAGGAGGAGCUGAAAUUUAGCAGAAAUGAUCUCGACUAUAAAUACUCUGCUGGUCACAGUUCAGCCAGCGAUGGUGAACAUAGGAGUUGGGCCAGAGAGAGCAAAAGCUUCAACGUUCUUAAGCAGCUGCUUCUCUCAGAGAACUGUGUGCGAGAUUUGUCCCCACACAGGAGUAACUCUGUCACCGACAAUAAAAAGAAAGGACACAAAAACAACGUGCCCAAUAGCAAACCUGAAUUCAGCAUUUCUUCUUUAAAUGGACUGAUGUAUGGUUCCCCUCAGCCUGGCAGUUGUGUGGAUCAUAGGACAUUUUCAUACCCAGGAAUGGUAAAAACCCCUCUGAGCUCUCCUUUCCCAGAGCACUUGGGCUGUGUAGGGUCCAGGCCAGAACCUGGGCUUUUGAAUGGCUGUUCUGUGCCCGUGCCCGGUGAGAAGGGACCCAUUAAGUGGGUCAUCACAGAUGUGGAGAAGAAUGAGUAUGAAAAAGACUCUCCGAGACUGACCAAAACCAACCCAAUCCUCUAUUACAUGCUCCAGAAAGGAGGCAACUCUGUUACCACACAAGAAACACAGGACAAAGACAUCUGGGGGGAGCCUUCAUCUGCCGAGAGUCUCUCACAGGUUACAGUCAAGGAAGAGAUGCUUCCUGCCGCAGAAACUAAAGCUGCUUUCUUCAAUCUCAGAAGCCCUUACAACAGCCAUAUGGGAAAUAAUGCUUCCCGCCCGCACAGUACAAACGGAGAAGCGUAUGGACCCCUGGGAAACGUGCUCACCAUAAAAAAAGAGUGCGAGUGAAGGUGUACCUGCCAUGUCAUUUGGGAUCUUUUUAGAACUGAUCGGUGUGAACUUGAGACCCGUAUAGAUAAGAGCAUGAUUUGAGAAAAGCAUGCUGUAAUCGAAACUCCUUCCUUUUGAAAGUAUCGGUCACUGGUGAUGUUUAAAUAUGCACACUCAUUUCCGCUUAACAUUAGAUGUCAUGGGGAAGCUAGAGGUUUGGUUGUUUAGUAUUUCUGUAUGCAUCAGAUGACAACUGUGACUAGCCUACGAAUGAACCUGUUUUAUAACUGUAAACAUUAAAAUGCACAACUUCACCAGUAGUGGAUUGAUGCAACUUGCUGUCUUUAUUGGGGUCUCUCAUUUCCUAUCUCAGAAGCCAGUCUACACAACAUGUUUGUAACAUGCACAUUGUUAGCUAUUUGGAAGACAACCAAAUUAGGAAAAACCCAGAAGCCUCGUGCUGAUUCACACCUCAUCCGUCUAAAAGUAAGAAAAGGCAAUGCUUACAUUUUUCACUUUUGCUAGACAAAAUUCUUUUUAACUCUUGGAAGGGUUUUUGCGCUUCCCAAUGUGUCUGCCCCGCCCCAGACCUUUUCAAUAUCGAUUUCUUUAAACCUUGUACUAUUUAGUAACAAUUGAUUACAAUAGAGGGGAGUUUACUAGAUCCUUAAAAAUAAAAGGCGAUUUCCAUUUUUUAAAUAUUUUGACUACUUUACUAAAUUAAUACUCCUCCUUUUUCAAAAUUCGAGAAGGUAAUGCUCACCUUCGGGCAGUUUCCUGAAUAAUUGACUACUUAGAAAUCAUUUUUAACAAAAGCAGAAAUGGGUUUUCUCGGGAUGGUUUUCACCAUCUCUUUUGAAAGUUAAUCCUCACCACUCCUGUGGGACCUGUAACCCUUACAACCAGGGUUUCUUCAUUCUGGACACAGAACCUGCAUUCGUACCAUCUGACUAUUUGGAGAAGUUGUUUAACAUGCAGAUUCAUAGGCAGCCUCUCAGGUCUACAGAACAGGGUCUCUGAGUGGACCCAGGAGUCUUCCUUCUGCCUGAAUCCUGACGUGUUCUGUAUGUGUUUCUUCUGCACACUGAUGUUUGAAAACUGUGGCUUAAUGACUUUUCCAGAACAUGGAACUUUAAAGAAACUAUUUGAUGCCUAUAUUUUCCCCCAAUACAGUCACAUAUCCACUCAAAAUUUGCAAUAUCGUAGUUCCUAUAUUGCUGUUAUAUCUUUGGAAAUCGGGUUCAGAAUACUUUUUAUGACAAAAAAAAAUUGGGUAGAGGGGACAACUUUCCUAUCUGGGUCAACAUCUCAGGAAAAUCUGUGAUUAUUUAUUUGCUCUAAUUAGUAAGAUUAACUUAAUUAGCCUUAGGGGUGGAAUAACAGGGCCACUUAGCAAACUCAGGUGAUCCCAGGAUGGUUGGGAAACCUCUCUUGAAUACACCCUUACCUUCUAUUCAAGCUGUCCUCUGCACUGCAGUGCUUAUGGAGCUAAGAGAUUCAACCCAAGAAAGACAUCAAACUCUGAUUCCCUGAAACCAAAUCAAAGGGCACUUACCUAUCCAUGACAGGACCUUCACAGUCCCUUCACGGAUCGGUUCAUUUUAAGCAGGUAUCACAACUAAACACUGAUACUGUCUUGAAAGAACUUAAUAGAGAGUUGAGCCACGUGGAAUUUCAGUCUCGAAACAAGUUAGAUUUUAAGUUCCAUUUUUAUAGUCCACAGUUCAUCCACCAGACAAUAUUUUGUUUUUCAAUUUUGAGCCAGGUUAACAAUUAAUUGACUUGUGGAAAAAUUAUUGGGUCCUCAGCCGUUACGUAGGAAGAAGCUUAUUUGAAGUUGUCGUACGUACUUGAAGUUGUUUCUAAGAUUUUUUUUUAUAUUACAAAUGGACAUUGUUUCUUAAUUAUCUAAAAUUCUAAAUGGUUAUUUUUUUCUCAAGAUGAUUUGUAAAUAGCUAAUGGAUCUGUUGUAUGGUAAUCAGAGUGUAUAUUAUGCUACGUCAGAGAAAGGAGAAGGCGUAUGCUUCUUCUGCUAUGAAAAAUUCCACUGGCCAGUGAAGAUUCUUUACUCCAUGUUUAUACUGUGACAAUCUCAUUGUCUACACUAUAUAAAUAAGCUUUACACUAAGUCAUUUUUUCUUGGUCAUGGUGAAAGGGCUGGAGCCUUAGAAAUCUAUCGUGGGAUGCUGGUGUCCUCAGUUGGAGGCAGUCGUCUUACAAUGCAACAGCACUUAGGUCAGGGAAAAUGUCCAGGGCCAGCAUCGCUAUGCUUUGUUUUGUUUCAUUUCUGUUGGAAUGAGAAUAUGUAAUGCAAAAAUAAACAGGACUAUAAAGAAUGUUGUUCUGACUUACUAGAGAAUAUCCCUCAUGUUUUGUUUAGAGAAAUCUUAAAGAAGAGAAAGGGCAUACAUCCACAAAUUCACUGUGUGUGCAUAUGUAGGUUCACAUAUGCACAGACACAGUUUCAAGGACUGUUUUCGAUAUGUGGGCAGUUUCUUCCUAAUAAAGUCAUCUGUGAAUGGGUACCACAGCUCUCAUUGACAUCAGUAAGGUAGCAUUACCUGUUUAUUCUCUGCCACAUCUUACAGAAGAAUAAACUGGUGAGAGUAUAUAUUUUAUAUAUAUAUAUAAAUGUGUAUAUAUAUAUAUAUUGACUUGUUACAUGAAGAUGUUAAAAUUGGUUUUUAAAGGUGAUGUAAAUAAUGAUUUCCUUAAUGAAAAAAAUACAUAUUUUGUAUUGUUCUAAUGCAACAGAAAAACCUUUUAAUUUCUUUGGUUCCUGUAUAUUCCAUGUAUUAAGUGUAAAUAUAAUCAGACAGGUUUAAAAACAUGUGCAUGUAUGUAUACAGUUGCAAGUCUGGACAAAUGUAUAAAAUAAACCUUUUAUUUAAGUUUGAUUACCUGCUGCAUGACAAGUGCAUGGGAAACCCUGUGCAUCCGUGCAUUUGACAGAAAAUGUCUUAAGUCAGAUCAGAUGGUCGUCCACAAACGACAGUAUUCCAUUUCUGGACAUGACCUCUGCGGCUUAUGAUUUGUGAGAAAAUGUGCUUUGAAUCCAAGGGUCUUGUUUUUUUCUUUUUAAUCAACCACUUUCAACAUAAAGAACUCACAUAGCGACUUCACAAAUCGUAAAAUCCCACUGAAAACAUAACCAGGAACAGUUCAUUGUUCCUAAAUGCUGGAGUACAGGCACAUUACCAUUCAUGGUAAGAGUCUUGGGGUUUACAGCCAGUUUUGAUGCAAUCUGCUUAGUGAUAUAAUUUGCCAUUUUUAUUAUUAAAAUUUGAUUUCUUUAUGUGAUGUCAUGAAUUGUACAUACUACAGUGUGAAUUUUUUUUUGUUUUUUUUUUUAAAUCCUUUAGUGUUUACUUCCUGCAGUGAAUUGAAUAAAUGAGAAAAAAUGCAUUGUCUCUAACUUUGAAACGACUUAUUUUUGUGGGCUUUCUCUGGUUUUUAGGUUUUUCCAUUAAUGUUAAAGUUCAAGGUCAUAAAGAGAAAAGGGAAAAGCAAUAGAUCAUGUAUUUUGUCUGUUUCAGAAAAAUGAAAGGGGGAGAAAGAAGCAACUGACCAGCAAGUUAGUAUAUUUAGAAACGUGUAAUUAAAGCAUAGCUCAACAUGACAGCUGGCCUGUGGUCUGUCUUCCAUUUCUCAGUAUGUAACUGAAUGACCACUACAUGUUUUUUUUAAACUGGAGUUUGUACAGUGUUCCAAAAUAAAGUUAAUUAGAUAUAUA